AUUAUUAUUAUUAUUAUUAUAUGACUCAGCCAAGAAAAAGGCAGCCAAAUUGAAUGUGGGUCUUGAAUCUUGGUUCGGUUCAAUCGGUUACGGGUUCGGAGUUUGGGUUUGGAUUUCCAUGGUUGCUGAUAGGAGUUUCUGUUAUAUACUAGCUAAUCAGAUUCAUCAGAACCCAUAUAUUUCGGCUACAUUUGUAUCUGGUUUACCAAGAAAGCUUUCUUGCCAAGCUCCAGGACUUUUCUAAUGUACGCGUAUGUCAUAUUCUCAUAAAGAAAGAAUUUGUGAACUUCUGCGAGUUUUGUUGGGUCGUAUAUAAUAUAACAGGUGAUGUUAUUUUUCUAAGCAGCUUUGCUAAGAAGAAUAAAAGAUGCAGAUCAUUUACCAACCCUAUAUCGAUCCCGAGUUUGAAUCUCUCAUAGAAAGAAUGUACCCUCCCAGGGUUUGCAUAGACAAUGACGCAUGCGAAGACUGCACUCUUGUGAAGGUUGACAGUGCAAACAAGCACGGGAUUCUACUAGAGAUGGUCCAAGUCUUGACAGAUCUGGACCUUGUUAUUUCCAAAUCAUACAUUUCCUCCGAUGGUGGUUGGUUCAUGGAUGUGUUUCACGUGACAGACCAGCUUGGCAACAAACUCACUGACGAAAGCCUCAUACUUUACAUUCAGCAGGCACUAUGUCCAAGUAGGAGAGAGAAGAUGUCAAAAGAGGUACAAACACGGUUGGGAAGAGAGGUGAAACCCCGCCACGUGUCAACUCAGCAAACAGCUCUAGAGAUGACUGGCACAGACCGACCAGGUCUAAUGUCUGAGAUAUCAGCUGUGCUCCUUCAGCUUGGGUGCAGCAUCACCUCUGCCGUGGGAUGGACCCACAACACACGUGCGGCCUGCAUAAUCUUCGUUGAAGAUGCAUCCAAAGGAGGGCCCAUUACAGACCCAAUUCGGCUGGCCCACGUGGAAGAUCAGAUAGAGAACGUGGUUAAGGCCCAUGAUGGGAAGAGAGAGAGAAGGAGUGUCAGGUUGAUGGGCCCAGAAGCAGUCCAGACGGCCCAGACCCACACGGAGCGGCGGCUCCACCAGUUGAUGCAUGCGGAUUUGGAUUAUGAGCGGUGUCGCGGUUGUGAUGGCGGCGGUGGUGAGCAUAAGAUGGGUUGUGAUGGGACCCACGUCACAAUAGAGAGUUGCAAGGAGAAAGGGUACUCGGUGGUGAAUGUGAAGAGUAGAGAUCGUCCUAAGCUUUUGUUUGACACUGUUUGUGCCCUCACUGACUUGGAGUACGUGGUGUUUCAUGCUGUGGUUGCUUCCAAGGGCUCCAUGGCUGAUCAGGAGUACUUUAUACGGCAAAAGGAUGGUUGCACAUUGGAUACAGAGAGCGAAAGGCAUAUGCUUACACAAUGUUUGGUUGCCGCUAUAGAGAGACGAGUCUCGCAUGGACUGAGAUUUGACGUCUGCACUCAAAAUCGAAUGGGAUUGCUCUCAGAUGUCACACGAGUGCUCCGAGAGAACGGGUUAUCAAUAUCAAGGGUUGAGGUCGAGACCCGAGGCGACAGAGCAGUUGGAUCAUUCUAUGUUAAAGACGCCUCAGGGUAUGAUGUGAAUCCAAACAUAGUUGAAGUCGUGAAAGAAGAGAUUGGGGGAUCCGUCCUUGCAGUUCAGAAGUCCCCAAGAUGGGCUACACAGUCUUCUUCAUCAAGAACAAUUCAAAGCACCCAUGGCAGCAUAGAGGAUAAGCCAAGAUUCUCACUUGGAAACUUGCUGUGGUCUCAGCUUGAACGCCUGUCAAGCAGUUUUGGCCACAUCAUGAGUUCCUAACUCAGGAACCUUCCAUGCUUGUACUCAAUAGACCUCUGUAAAUAGGUUAUGCUUCAUAACAAGAGUUUCUUUCUUCCCAAUACGACGAUGUCCUGUAAAUAAUUUAGAUAGAUAUCUCCUUUUGAUAGUA